AUGCGGUGGCGGGACCGCGUGGCCGUGCUCUUCCUGCCACAGGGCAUGAUGCUCACUGUGGCCUCCCUGAUGCUCUUCUUUAUACACCUGUGUGUCUUCAUCAGCGACAUGCACAACUUCUGCAUCACGCACCACUAUGACCGCAUGAGCUUCCGCUACACCAUUGUCCUGAUGUUCUCCCAGGUGGUCAGCAUCUGCUGGGCUGCCAUGGGGUCACUCUACGCGGAGAUGACAGAAGACAAGUUUCUGCGGUGCUUUGCCCUGACCAUUUUGAUGCUCAAUGGGGCCUUGUUCUUCAAGCGCCUGGCCCUGGACUUUCUGUCCAUCCAGUACCGAGAGGAGAACCACUGA